AUGACAAUCGCUAACUCCGCGGACAUCUGCAGCUUCUUCUUUGCGCCCGCGGCAGACCCCGAUCCUUCUUUCUCAAGCGCUCCGACCUCUCCGCCGCCACCAAAUGAGUCGCUAGUACCAAAAAGGGGUCGCAAGAAAAAGCGCGUGUUGCUAGGAGGUGCCAACCGCCACCGCUGUAGAUUGUGUCAGAACGUGUAUACACAAGCGGUUAGCACGGGGUACACGAAUCUACUGACGCACUUGCGUCUAAAACAUCCGGAUUGGAGCGCUAUGUUCACCAGCCAGAAACUUGUUCCAGUGUCCGUAGCGCCAGGUCGGGUCCCUCGCGUUCGAGUCAACACGCUUUCACUUGCACCGACCGACUCGUCUCCAUCGGCAACUUCAAGUAGCAACCCCAGCACUCGACCGGCUGGACGGAAACGCGGCCCCGUCUAUGACCACUUUGUCGACGUCUCGCUCUCUGCCAACCCUACCCUCCAGGUGAAAAAGAUGCGCUGUUUGUAUUGCCACUGCGACACGCCGCAAUUGAGUGGACGAUUGAAACGCCAUCUCGCUGCGAAAUGUCCCAACGUUCCACAAAACGUCAAGGCAAUCUUCGCCACCGCUGCGUGUGACAUGUCGCAAUUGACUCCAUCGACCGUCGUGUCAGACAUGACAGUCAAGGCGAUGGGUACUCCAAUACCGGUACAACCGGUACCUACUGCAGGCAAGGUAGUAACCGUCGGGUCCGAGGCGGUCCCGUCCUCUUCAACGUCAUUGCCAACUUCAACGUCGAAGGCGACAAACCGUGACCGACUCGGCGCCACACGUUGGCAAGCGAUCGAAGCGAAGCUGACGGCGGCUCUCGUGACCACGAAAUCUCCGUGGAAGUUGCUGGACAAUGCGGACUUUCGCACUGCAGUGGAGAUGAUGCUGCCAGUCGAGGCUGGGGAGUUUCCAUUGACUGCAGGUCGUGCCCGGACGGAAGUGCUGGACCAGCUGUCGCUGGGGUACGAUCGCGAGUGCCGCGACGUCUUGACGGCGUCAACUGCCGUCACAAUAGGGAUCAGAGCCACUGGAGAUGGUGAUGAUGGUGGCACUGCUGACGCAGGGAGAAGGGCGACGUACGUGGCGCUGGACGAGUGGCGACGAGCGUUCGUGCUGUCGGUUGGCAGUGAACCUUCUGCAGUUCCUGAUGUGGCGGAGAUCCUUCCGGUGCUGUCGAAAGUGCAGCUGAUGGGCCUCAACUCGAAGCUCUUUUUGUGCGCCCCAACGUGGGGAACGUACGCACAUGCGCGUCGGGACUUGCUUCGAGAUGCAGCCAGUGCAACGGACAGAGCUGUGGUGCUCAUGGGAGUCUGCAUGACGCAGCAGACGGCAUUGCUGGUUCGGGAGCUCGUGCGCUCUAGCGAACCGCUGGAAGAGGCACUUGAUGCUGCUGUUCUGCUUGCAGAUGCUCUGCACGUGGUGCCGUCGCUACAUGAGCGUGUGCUACGCGGUGUGUCUACCGAUACGAGCGACGGCGACGGAAACGUGCAGAAGGCCUUUGUGCAAGUAUCUUGUACAAGCUGGCGCUCUAUUGCAAUCGCAGUCAAGCAGACCAGUCGUUUGCAGGCAAUCCUCCGGCCGGCUAUUUCUGAAGAGAAGGGUGCUACGUCUUCGAUGCUGCGUCGAUUACUUGACGUAGGCAGCAGUGACAAGGCCUGGAUCGCUCUACGGCACACUGAUCAGCUACUGGCACCGCUGCACUGUGUAUCGGUUUUGAGCGAGAUACAAACUACGACGUCAGGUCAGAUACUAGCGCUGUGGAUAUGGCUGUUCGGUGCGGCAAUGCGCUCGCCACUUUUCGACGAUCAGGCUGAUGCCUUACGUAAAAGCUACGAACGACGUCUGGCAUGUUACGUGGAAGAGCACUCUUUGGCUUGUCUCGUUCUCGAUCCACGCGUGCGUGGCGUUGGCUUGAGCGUGUCAGGUCUGCGUCGCUGCCGUGGUGUUGCUGUUCGUGUGGCUGCGACUCUCGUUUCCAAUUUCAACGAGAGCAACUUCAUUCGGUCGUACAAUGACUACAUGAAGCAGCAGGGAGACUUUGGUGAAUCAGGUGUGUGGAAUGCUGCCAACACAUCGAACCCGAUCGAGUUUUGGAACGAUUACGAAGGUGACGCACUACACGAUCAACUCGCUGUUGUGGCUAAAACUGUGUGCUCGUUCGUGCCGCACACGUGCUCGCUUGAAGAAUUGUGGACAGCUCGCUCACGACGCAGCGAGAGUAAAACUUUUGAAGCAUCGAAGGAGCUCGAGCAAUGCACGAAAGUUCGAUAUGGUGCCGCUCGCAGUACUCAAGCGAGUGCAAAGGACGUUAUGAGGAAUUGCCUGAUGCUUCUUGAUGUCGAGGAUGGAAUUCCGUUUGAACGGAUGCUACAGGUAAACGCUGUUACCAGGGAAGAGAACAAGCGGGAGAACAAUCAAAACGUAUCGGUACGUGCAGUGCUUGAGCGGAUUCAAGACGGCAUCGCUAAGGAUGCAGCAGGCUUCAGUGCACCUUUGACAAGCUUAGACGUCUCCUGGUUCGACGUCAGCCCAAUUGGACUCGACAAGAUCCGAAGCACGAUGGAGACCUACUUGAGCGCUGCAGCACAAUAG